UUAUCAAAAAGAAAGAGAGAGAGAGAAAAGAACGAAAGAAAAGAAAAGGGUGGGAAAAAAAGAAAACCCUAAGCCCCAUGAGCCCCAUCCACUUCCUCUUCCUUCUCCCUCUCACGUGUUUUCAAGCCGCCAAACACCCACCCCUCCUCUUCAUCUCCGGCGACUCCGCCUCCUCUCCGACGACUGCAACCACUGUCACUUCUCUUCACCGGCCAGCCCAAACUCACAACCGACGCCGCAACCCGCAUCACCCACGACUAGCGAUUGUGCGUUUCGGCUGCCACGGCGUGAACACCUUGCGGCAGUUCAGAAAUCCUCGAACCAGCGGCGAUUCUGAUCUUGGAGCCAUACCCUUCUUUGUUUUACUCCUCUCGCUGCUACGGUUAGUGCUAACAUUACACACUUUAUAAAGCUCUGAUAAGGAAUUGUUGCUCUAGGAAGAUGGGAGCUCUUGCCCCUGUCGCGCCUUGGACUCCUGAAGAUGAUAUUCUGCUCAAGAAUGCCGUUGAGGCAGGUGCUUCCUUGGAGUCCCUUGCCAAAGGUGCUGUGCAGUUUUCUCGAAGAUAUACAGUCAGAGAAUUACAAGAAAGAUGGCAUUCUUUACUGUAUGAUCCAAUUAUAUCUGAAGAUGCAUCUAUGUCCAUGAUUGACUUUGAGCGUUCUUCUUCCAUUCUUCCGUCAAAGUUCAACAAAUUUGGGAAUACAAAAGAAACUAAAAGUAUUGGUGGGAAGAGAAAACGGAGUGUACGCAGUUGCUAUUAUGCUUUGCGUAAAAGAGUUUGCAACGAACCAUUUAACCCUAUGGACCUGAGUUUUCUUGUUGGACCCAGUGAUAGCAACUAUGCUGUUGAAGAGCCUAUGUCAGGAAAUUGUAUUCCUCCAACAUCAGAUGAUUUUGGACUUCAGGGCUCAGAGCUGGGGAUCUUACCAUGCAAUUUUGCCCAGAAUGUGAUGAAUACUGAUGAUGCGGAGCACGAUUUUCAUUCUGGAUGUCAACAUACAGUUGAAAAGAAUUUUGCUAGGAACCUGGAGAAUGGACAGGAGGGGAUUUCUCACAUCAUGAGAGAGAGUCUGCCUCUCUCUGCAAAUGAAUCUCAUGUUGAAGAAAUGGCUCCAUCAUCUGGCUUUCCAGUCCAUAGUCUCUUUGAUAAUGAUUUGGAGGUGAGACAUUCUACUUUUGGGCAACUGACCCAUGAUCAGAGAGCGAUGGGCUCUGAACUAGAGGAUAACGAUGUCUUUAAUUCUCCUGUUUCUGAUUCUGGUGCAUCAUUUCACAAUGUUGAGUACUCAUCUCCUCUUCCUGGUAUGCCAAUAUGGAGAAAUGCCUCAGCACCGGCCUUGCCUAUUGAUGUUGGCUUUGCAGAUAAGGAUAUACCUAUAGGUGACUCUUUUGAACUACCUGAUGAUGAUGGGAACAAAAACAUUCAAAAUGCAAGAUUAGCAGGCUAUGAUGCUCACUCUGACCUAAAGUUGAAGAUUGAGGUCCAGCACGAUCAUUUGGAAAAUCCAAAUGCCACUGCCGAAGUCUAUUUUGCAGAAUUGUCCAAUUCUCUUUUGAACUUGAGCAAUGAAGAUGAGCUACUUUUCAUGGAUGUUGAUGGAAAGGACGUGAUUGAUAAGUCAUAUUAUGAUGGUUUGAGCUCGCUUUUGUUGAAUUCACCAAAUGAAGUCAAUCAUGAUCAAACAAGUAAUGCAAUUAAUGCAGAAACAGUGUUACCAUCGGAUACAAUGAUAGAUCCCCCCACUGCAUGUUCUGGAGAGUUAUAUGAAAAAGGAUCCGACUGUGGUGUUGGACAUUUGGAUUGUAGUUCAGAAGCUCCUCCAUCACCAUCUGCAUCUUUAAGCAGUCAAUGUCCUGGUAAAGGUAACGAACCUCUUUUUUGCACUUUGAACACAGAAGACCCAGAAAUCCCGAGCAAUGAUGACGUUUUUCUACCUCCAUUAACACCUAUGGGGGGCCACUUUUCAUCUACCAAGGAUUUCACUUAUAAUGAGAAAUCUGGUGAGUCUCAAUACCUUGCGAGGGAGAGGAAAAAUCAUGGACAACCUCGUAUUUCAUCUCUAUCAGGACUGCAUAGUUUGCCUGAAAGAGUUGAAAAGCAUCUGGUUGGUGGAGCUGCGGCUAAUUUUAAAUUAUCCCAUAGCAACUCCAGGCACUUGUCGCCUGUGAACAAUAUUAGCUCCAUAAAUGUAAAUAGUGAUGCUAUCCAACCUGUUGUGUUCAAGGAAGAGAACAAUGAAAUUUCCCGGGUAAAUCAUCUUGGCCAGAAUUUUUUAAAUACUCAUGUAGAGAAGCCAGGUUUUGAUUCUGCCAAUGUUAAAAGAUAUCCACCAAGUGCUGCUUGUGGCAUUAAACAGGAACCAGAUAUAUUGGCUACAUUAAAAGAUCAUAGGUUAUCACAGGAAGGGGGUACUCGAGGUGUUUUUGGUGUAGAUCAAGAUGGAAUAUCUUCAACAUCUGAUCAAGAAGACUCAUCUAUUAACAGUGAAGACGAUGUGCCUCAUUUUUCAGAUAUUGAAGCGAUGAUACUUGAUAUGGACUUGGAUCCAGAAGAUCAGGAUCUUUAUUUAAGUGAAGAAGUCUUAAAAUACCAACAUGCGGACACAAAGAAGAGCAUCAUAAGACUGGAGCAAGGGGCUAAUGCUUGCAUGCAAAGAUCUAUUGCAUCUCAUGGGGCAUUAGCAGUUCUAUAUGGCCUACAUUCGAAGCAUUUCAUUAAGAAAUCAGAGGUUCUAUUAGGUAGAGCAACUGAGGAUGUCAUCGUGGACAUUGACUUAGGAAGGGUGGGAAGUGGUAACAAAAUAUCUCGACGACAGGCAAUUAUAAAAAUUGAUCAAGAUGGAUUUUUCUCCCUGAAGAAUCUUGGCAAAUGCUCAAUCUCCAUAAACGACAAGGAUGUGGCCCCUGGACACUGUGUGCGACUUAAUUCUGGCUGCCUCAUUGAGAUAAGGGGAAUGCCAUUUAUAUUUGAGUCACACCCAACUCGUAUGAAGCAGUAUGUUGUUAACAUAAGCAAGACAUCUCACAAACAGGAGUAUCAAUCAUGAUGACAGAUGACAACCUAGCUGGCAUGAACAGUUGUACAGUCUGGAGGUGCUUGUUUUUCUGCACUUCAUGGGUUCUUUAGGUAUACCGUGUUAAUGUUUUUUUUCCCCUUAAAUUUAUAAUAUAUAUAAAUAAAAGACCAGCUAUCGUCGAGCAAAAAAUUGAAAGAACACAAGGACAUACAAAAAAAUGAACUCCAUGAAAGGAGGGAGCACCCUAGAGAAAGGGUCUCCAAUCUUAACAAAAUAUGGCCUAUAGAAUAUGAAGGGGUAUGCUGUGUUAAGUUAUCUGGUAUGCGAGUAGAAAUGUGAAUUCUAUUCGUUUUGGUAAUUCAGUAGUUUCGUAUAUUGCUUUGUGAUUCUACGUCUUUCUUCUCAAUGAGGUUUCAUUGGAUUGCUAAAGAUGGGAAGUAAUAGCAACACUUUUGUGGAAGAUUAUUUCGAUCAGUAACAUCGAUGAGGAGCUGGCCAAGCAACCAAAUUGUGAAGAUAUAGACAUCCAAGUUGGUGAUUUCGACCGGCCAUCAGGUUUCACCAUGAUGUUCGUUCCCAUCGUUGCUCUUUGGAGCCCACCAGCUAAAGUUGCAACCCUCUUGGAUAGCUUGAGGUCAAAUUGAAGGCGAAAGCUUCUUCAAGUACUCACCAAGUUUAUGGCCGAUGCUUGCAGUCGGCUGGAAGCUAUUGUUCGAGGAAACCAAGAAAGGAAUGAUUGAUAUACGUGUGUUUGGGAAAAUAUCUUGCCAAAUAAAGCAACUAACAACAAUCAACAAGUGCCUGACUAUGCACAAACGAUGGAAAAAGCAAGAAACGUUCAAGACAACAAAAAAAAAAGCGAGGCUAUGUUCCCAAUAAACCGAAAUGGUUCGAUUCAUCAACAAAACUCUAUUUCGGUGAGAUUGACCGACCGAAAUGAUAAUACAAAAAUCGGUUUUUGGUUCCAUUGUAUUUUCCUUUGUUGGGAAGUUUUUAGAUUGGUUGAUAGACGGAGAGUUUCUUCCAAUAUGCUUAGGCAAGAAGAAACUAUUGGAUUUCAAGUUUCAAAUCAGAGCUUAAGUUAGUCGAGUAUAUAUUUUAUACAACUGGAGAUAAUAUGACAAAAAAGUCAUCAAGAAGAAUCGACUAAAAAUGCUUUGAUUUCCUUCAAUCAUUAACAAAUUUUAUCGAACCAAUAUCAAGAUAA